CAUCCUCACUCGAACCCUAAAAGACCCACAAGCACUUAUCUCUCAGAACAAGAAGAAGCCUGCAAAAAUGGCGAUAAUGCACCAAAUUUCUCUCACAAACAACCUUCAAUUCCUCCCCAGUAAACCCAUACUAAUCAAACCCACACCUCCAAAAAACCCCAUCUUCACAUUUCCCACAUCACUAAAUAAAAAACUGAACAGCAGAUUAUUAUCAGUCAGUGCUAACGGCAGUAACCGCGUUACGACGUCGUUUGAUUACAACAACAACAACAAUGAGCAGUAUGAGUAUGAACAAGGUUUGAAUGGAAGGGGGGGUCAACAACAACAACAACAGUACCCUAGACCGGAGGAGAUAGAGUGGAAAAAGGAGUUGUGUAAUUGGGUUCAGUUGAUUGGAACCGUUGGUACUCCGGUUGAGUUUAAGCAGCUUGGGUCUGGUAAGGUGCUUGCGUGGUGCCGGCUUGCUGUUAAGAAAUCGGCUACUGAUACUACUUGGAUCAAUUUGACCUUUUGGGAUGAGGUGGCACACAUCGCUUCUCAGCAUGUGGAAAAAGGACAGCAAAUAUAUGUAACAGGUCGUCUUGUUUCCGAUACAGUCGAUAGUGAUGACGGGAAGCAACAAACAUAUUAUAAGGUAGUCGUUCAACAGCUAAAAUUUGUCGAAAGAAGCUCGCCUGCAGCAGCAUCUAAUGAUGGAGACUUCAAUUACAAUUACAAUUCCAACUCGAGCUCUAUGACAACAGGUAAAAAGCAAAAGAAUUACGCAGCGAAUGGUACAGGAUCCGUAGAGGAACUAUGGCAAGCUUUUUUUGCUAAUCCCGUUGAUUGGUGGGAUAAUAGGAAGAAUAAGAGAAGCCCAAAUUAUCCGGAUUUCAAGCACAAAGACACGGGUGAAGCUCUAUGGGUUGAAGGGAGGUUCAAUCCAUCUUGGGUUAAAUCUCAGUUGUCGAUAUUAGAUUCACGAAUGGAAUCUUUUCAUGAUCAAAAUGCUAACACGCGCUCAAAUUCCAUGUUUGGAGACCACUUGACCCCCUAUUAACUUCUCUCUAGUCCAACAAACAUCCUAAAAAUUUGUCUAUAUGAAUUUGUCGUCUUUCGCCUCGCCCUCAUGUUUAUUGUCCAUGCUGGUUAGUUGUGGGAUGGUUUGGGUUUGCUCUAUAUGUAAUGUUUUUGAUAGCUUCUAUAUCAGGAUUUAUAUUUUUAGUAUGAAUGCAUUAUCCAAGGCAUAUGGAACGGGUAAUGA